CUAACCAACUUAAACCAAACAGGUAUCGGUGUCUCUUCCCCAGCCCCGGGAGGAGAUUGGAGCCAGUCUAACUAACUAACCACCAUAUUCUUUUCUCUCCUCCUUACCGCCUCCAGUUUCUCGAACAUCUUUCGAACGUUGCUGCUGUAGCAAGCGCAGUAUCCUUAUUUCUAGAUCUCUGCUUUCCUGCCCUUCCUGCCCUUCCUGAUCUUCACCGAUAACACGCUGAUCGCCAUUAUUGCUCUGCUCUGACAUACGUCAGGACGUACGCCUGGCGUACUGGAGCUCACCUAGCGGGCAUAUCACAUUUCCUGCGUACGAAAAGCAUACCCUGCGUCAACCUACCAAAUACGCCUGCCUCUACAUCAGUCAUUAGGGUGCAAUUAGCCUUGGCCUUUUUAACACUUAAGUCAACUAAGCGACGCGGGAUGACAGUCAACCGCUCAUCCGAAUCGAUAUCAGCGUCGGAUACCUCUGCGCCCUCUAUCUAGAAAGGGGGCAAGGAGACGAAGCUGUAUCAAUCACCGUAUCAAUAGAAGCUUGCUGCGAAUUAUCAUAUGAGCUCAUUGUUUUCCCGUCACCUCCCUUGACGGGCUUCUCAUAACAUGGAGGCGUUGACUGUCCAACUACGGCGCGUCGAAGAGACAAUCGAAUGUUGGGAUGAUGAUGGUGACCUCCAGUGCACAGAUGACGUCCAGUUUUGCACUGCCUCCACAGUAACAUCUGUAACAAAUUCUUCUAUUCGGAGGUCGGGGCACCGCGACUCGAUUUCUUCCCGUCGCUCUACUCGCUCCGAUCUCGACUCGAUCCCGGGGGAUGAUGAUGACUGGCAGGUUUUACUGCACGAAACUGACGAAUUUGCAGCUGAAGAUGCCAUAUUAUCGGCCAGAAAUGCGGGCAUACCUAUACCUGAAAACGUACCUAAGUCUGCACUUACGGGAGGCACCAUAAAACGGCUUGGUCGCAAAAAAAGGGCGGAUUUUGUUGACGACUGGUCUGAGGAUGUGCUAUUUCCUGGUCCUGAGCAGGCUCUACAGUUGAAAAUCCCUCAAGAAAAGACAUUUCCAGAUUCCCUUCGCCAUAUCUAUUCCACAGGCACAAGUCCGGUGAAAACUUCCGCCUCACCUUUCUGGGAGAGCAACCCUUCGGUCCACUUGAACUCUAGUUUAGCCACUCUUGACAAGUUCCGAGACGAAGAAUAUAGCUCCCAAGACGUGCCAACAAUCAAAAUUGCUAAUUAUAGACUUCUGCAGAAAGAAGCCCCCUCAUCUAAUUGCCUUGCCCAGGUGGCAAGAGACGAUAUUGAAUGUUUCGACGAUGACUUUGAUCUGCCGGCAGGUGACAUUCCUCUCCGGCUUGGAUCGCACAAAGGUACUCGGGAGACUUCAACUCCAGUCACGGACGACUUUGAUUUUGAGUUUUCCGAGGAUAGUACUGGGGCUAGGUUUGGUGGCACCGCGAAAGAUCGCCGCUCAAAUCCUAGCUCUUCAGUCUCGGUGCUUGGCCCAAGUGUUUCGAGUUGCAUAGCUGGAGAAAGCGAAGAGGACUGUUUAGAUGGUCUCAUCAUUCCUGAAGAACCAUUGGAUUUGCAGGCUUCUUUGAAGAAGAGGCAAGACGCUAAAUCGGCUCAUGUUUCGGAGGACCUCCCGGCUCGCCAGGAGCCGAGCGAAAAAGAUGACUUCUUCACUGGUCUCGAAAUCGGUGAUGUUGAUAUCUACGGUCCUGAGCAACUGGCUGUGAACCCUAAUGUUAAAUGCAAAACAGAGCAUCCUAACAGCCCUACGCGUCGUUCGGGAACUACAGUAACGUUCACGAACGCAGCUGUCUCUCCAAAGACACGAAUACCGCGUCUGUCAAGCCACGACCGCACUCGGUCUACUCAACUUGAAACGGUAUCCGAGAGUGGCGCUCCUAUUUCCAGGUUCCAGAGGCCACUGUCCCGGUUUGGAGGGCACUCUGCACAGUCAUCCAUUUCUGGUCUCUCAGCCUUAUCUGCUUCAUCGGCGACUAGCUCAGCACAACAAAAUCGACGAUUCAUUGGAACGCGAACCAUGGUGGAUGCCUUAACUGGAGAGUCUGCUCCCUUGAGCACAGAACCUCUAACUCCAAGACGAUCAGUGCCAAGCAUCCGCGAUGAAAAUAAAAUCACAUCGACUCCCUUACAGCGUCCACUGUCUCGCCAAAGCGGAGCAAGUCGCUCAGUUUCCUCCACUCGACCUCGAACUCCAGUCGAUCGCUCAGCAAACGAUGCAAGGCUGGGUCGUAGACAACUGACACCAUUCAUUCCUGCUGGGGCCUCAGCAAAUAAAUUACACCAUGUUAAUGUGAAGCCAUAUCAACAUUCGCGCCGUACUAACUCGGACAGUUCUAUUGAUAAUCCAAGUCCGCAGGGCGCCUUGCCCCGACCAUCGCGGAUCAGCCGAGGGGGAAAUCUGGGUAAUAAAACAAAUGAGACAAGUCCUGAAACUUUGGUCAGGGCCGCGAAACGUUCACUUACCAAACCUACGCGCCGCCGAAACUUUGGUGACGGUACUGAAUUGGAGUCCUUUGACGACUUACCCACGUCUUCAUCGGCCGAGCGCAGGUUUGUCAAAACCCCUAGUGGGCGCGGGGUUCCUAGGUCUUUCCGAAGCAGGCUGAGUCGAGGCCAACAUGUAUCGGCUCCAAUGGAAGCGUCUACUCAACCAAUCAUGCCGUCUACCACAUCUAGUUCUCUGGACUAUACUCCGAGAUUCGCGCGUGAUACAAAUGCCUCCAGAAAUGCUAGAGAACAACGCAUUGCCUCGAUGAAUAUAGGUUCGAAAAAUCGAGAAGCGAACCCACUCGCUCCUCUCAGCUCAAAUUGGAAGGCUCAGUAUUCCUCGCGGCAAUCUAUAAAUUCGGCAUCGGCAAGGACAAAGAGAGGGAAGGCCACAACCCUUUCCGGGAAUAGACCUCAUUUAAUCAAGCCUUUGGGGUCUGGAGUCCAUGAGGCUAAAGACGUAAAAGGCAUGCGAUAUAAUCCGAUUACGUAUCAGUGGGAGGGCAAUGAAUCGUCGAUUUCAGAGUUUGAUUUCUCCAUUCCCAGGUCCCCUAAGGCCGCGCCUGCCCUCAUAACCAAUGUAGGUACAAUGCAGAAUGUACAAGUGGUUGGUGAAAUGGUGUUCGAUCCCCAGCGCAUGUGUUGGCUCAAGCUGGCGCCACUGCAGCCCGGCGAUAAUGGUCUAGCAGUUGUUCAGGACGAAGAUGAUGUCUUUGCUGGUCUUGAUGACCUAGAAGAGAAGAAUUUGAGGCCCGGUUACACUGGAGGCCCGGUUGCUGAUGUAUUGAAUGAAUGCAGCCACCCUGCCAGUGGCGACGAUCGAAGUGGUGAUGAUUCGUCCGAUGAGUGGCCCAUCACGGAAGAAUUUGAUGUCGGUCCUGAAUUCGUCAAACGCCAGAGGGCAGAGGAAGAAAAAUGGAGGCGUAAGGUCCACAAGUGGGUCAGUUCUGAUCGUUCAGGAUUUGGUGAUGGCUGGAGAUGGGCUAUUCGUGACUUAGUGAGGCUCAAUGCCCCCAUUGGGGCUCAGCCAUGGGAAUAGGCACAUUCAGUUUGCAGAAAUGCCUUGGUGUGGAAUCACCUGUGGCAUUGGGGAUUCCCAGGAAGAGUACCGUGCGAGACAUGGAAAAGAUUUAUGUUGAAUGACGCAUUUAAUGUGUUGGGAGGCUCGAGUCCCUUUCAUGCUCCUACUCGCAUGUUGCUGUGUUCUAGCGCUGCCUGGUCGCACAGCUUAAUGGUGCAGAGAAUCUCGAAGUGGCAGCCACAAGCCUGUUACGAUUUCGUAUGAGCAUAUGAUGCAGAGGCACCUUCGGGGUCUUGAUGAUUUAGCUGAUGUUAUGACUUCCAUGUGGGUAGGGUUUCAGUUGUGUUUGAUUCCUCCAUUAAUGGCUUUCUUUAUAUUCGUCCUCUUUGUCUCACUUUGUAUCAGUUUUUAUCCAUGUACUAUUGUCAUGUUAUAUAGAAUCUACACAUCUGCCUGGCUCUUAUUGCACAUACUGAGCUGUGGUUGUUGAUAGAGUUAGGGUUAAUUGUACAAUUUAUCGUAUUCCUCUUUUUUUA